AUGAAGAAGUCCUCCCUUUAUGUCUUCGCUGCUGGAUUAGCUUGUUGUGUAGCGCUGAUGCCUACACCAGCAUUGGGUGACGAUUGCUCUGGUGAUCUUAAGGUGGAUUCCCAAGCUGAAUUGGCUAAGGUGCAAUCAUGCAAAUCUUAUGCAGGAACCAUUACCAUCGAUUCGACAACAACGCCAACAUUGAACCUUGCUGGUGUAUCCACCGUGGAGGGUGAUAUCGUUAUAGCCGACAAUAGUCAAUUGACACAAAUCGUAUUCCCCGAUCUCGAGAGAAUCACUGGAACGAUGAGACUAGAAAAUAAUACGCUGCUAUCCAAAGUUGAAUGGCCAUCACUUAACACGCUUGAUGCAUUGAAUGUCACUGUGCAACCAUCCUUGUCGUCCAUCUCCUUUCCAGCAGGUCUUUCCAACGCGAACAAGAUAUCAAUUGCUGAUACAAUGGUGGCAUCCAUUGAUGGCAUUGUGCUUUCACAUAUUGAUACGUUGGCUGUGGAUAACAAUGCACGCCUUAAAAAGCUGGAUUUAGGCAACCUGUCAGAUGUCAGCUCUACAAUUUGUGUCUCUGCCAAUUCACCGCAAUUGAAUUUGGAUCUCUCACAUCUUCAAAGCGUAAAACAAGGGUCCUUUGUUGAUCUUGCCAACAUCACUUUACCCAACUUGGAGAAGGUCAAAGGGGACCUAUCAUUCACCGAUAACCAUUUCAGCUCGCUCAAAUUACCCAACAUGACCGAUGUCAGUGGCACCCUUACAGUUGCUGGGAACAAUAAGCUUGAAAAACUCUCGGUACCAGAAUUACAGCGUCUUGGAGGAGCAUUAUUGAUUGCCAACAAUACACGACUCGAUGCUGUGGAAGCAUUUCCCAAGCUAGAGCAGGUGGAUGGUUCGGUGGAUUUGACAGGCACCUUCCGAUUAGUUGAUCUGCCCAAGCUACAAAAUGUUAAGGGUGGAUUGAAUGUCCAAACAACCAAUGAUCAAUUCUCUUGUGAUAGCGUAAAUGACCUCAAAGGAGAUGUGAUCAAAGGGCAUGAGUUUGUAUGUAAAUCGGAUGUUGACAAUCCCGAGUCAAGAAUCGAUAACCAUGGUCAAUCCAAUAAUGGGUCCAUGCCUCAUCCACAUAGUAUUCCCCUGGGCAUGUUGCUCUUUGCAUUGAUCACAUUCCUCUCCUCCUCCUCCUUAUAA